AUCUGACGGUAGAUCUAUCCAAAACAUGGCGCUAGCAGACGUUUGCGGCAUCAAGAACUUCUCUAAUAAUUUACCAAGUCUUGGAAAUAGAGGUUUCCCAUCAAGUUUAACGCAAGCCGAUGAUGAAAUCCUAUUCGGCAAUACUUUUAUUGUUCCUAAAAAUCUAGAGUCUUUUGGAGAAGAAUCGAAAAAUGAAAACGAUGUUCAGAUUCAAUUUGCCCAAGGAACAACUACACUUGCUUUUAAGUAUAAAAAUGGUGUGAUCGUAGCUGUUGAUUCUAGAGCUUCAGCUGGCUCUUACAUUGCAUCCCAAACUGUAAAGAAAGUAAUUGAAAUAAAUCCCUAUCUUCUUGGAACCAUGGCAGGAGGAGCUGCAGAUUGUGCCUUUUGGGAAAGGAUGUUGGCCAAGCAGUGCCGUAUAUAUGAAUUAAGAAACAAGGAAAGAAUAUCUGUUUCUGCUGCUUCAAAGCUUCUUGCUAAUAUGGUGUACAACUAUAAGGGCAUGGGUUUGUCAAUGGGGACCAUGAUCGUUGGCUGGGAUAAAAAAGGACCCGGAUUGUACUAUGUCGAUAACGAUGGCACCCGCUUAACCGAUAAUUUAUUUUCAGUUGGGUCUGGUUCUACCUAUGCUUAUGGUGUUCUGGACAGUGGUUACAAAUGGGACCUAACUGAUGAAGAAGCAUACAAUCUAGCAAAACGAUCCAUCUUUCAUGCUACACAUCGUGAUGCUGCAUCGGGAGGAAUUAUUAAUUUGUAUCAUAUGAAAGAAAGUGGAUGGGUUAAGAUAUCUGCCACAGAUGUUGGGCCUUUAUAUUACGAGUAUAAAGCAGAAGCGUAA